AUGGCGUCCAGCCCCCCCUCUCCUCCCGCCCCCCUCUCUCGUCAGCUCUGCGUGGCCGAGGAACGGAGCGGGCACUGCGCCGUGGUGGACGGGAACCGGCUUUAUGUGUGGGGGGGAUACGUGUCCAUUGAAGAAAAUGAAGUUUAUCUUCCCAAUGAUGAGCUCUGGAUCUAUGACAUUGACAGUGGACUAUGGUCGAUGCAUCUAAUGGAAGGAGAGUUACCUCCCUCCAUGUCUGGAAGCUGUGGAGCGUGUAUUGAUGGGAAGCUAUUCCUUUUUGGUGGAUUUGAUGACAAGGGAUACAGCAAUCGGCUCUAUUAUGUUAAUUUGCGAACAAGGAAUGGAAUCUAUUUGUGGAAAAAAAUCACAGACUUUAAUGGUCAACCUCCUACACCACGUGACAAACUUGCCUGCUGGGUGUAUAAAGACAGGUUAAUAUAUUUUGGAGGUUAUGGCUGCAGAAAGCAAAAUGAGCUGAGUGACUGCUUUGAUGUCCAUGACGCAUUUUGGGAAGGCCAGAUAUACUGGGGCUGGCACAAUGAUGUCCAUGUCUUCGAUACAAGUCUACAAACUUGGUAUCAACCAACAAUUAAACGUGGAGAUCCACCUCAACCUCGAGCAGCUCAUUCAUGUGCCGUCCUAGGAAAUAAGGGCUACGUCUUUGGAGGACGGGUUUUGCAAACAAGGAUGAAUGAUUUGCAUUCUCUGAACUUGGAUACCUGGGCUUGGUCAGGAAAAAUUUGUACAAACGGCGAAAAACCAGGACAGCGCUCAUGGCACACUUUGACUCCUGUAGCAGAUGAUAAAUUGUUCCUGUUCGGUGGGUUGAGUUCAGACAAUGUACCUCUCAGUGAUGGCUGGAUUUAUAGUGUGGCCCCAAAUGAAUGGCAACCGCUUGCCUAUUUACCGAAGAGCAGACCGAGGUUGUGGCAUACAGCCUGUCUUGGUAAAGAGGGUGAAGUGAUGGUCUUUGGAGGAAGCAAAGAUGACCUGCAUUUCCUGGACACAGGACAUUGCAGUGAUUUAUUGAUUUUUCAGACACAACCCUACUCACUUCUCAGGCUUUGCCUCGACUCCAUUGCUAAAAAUGCCCUCCUCUUGGAGAAUCAAAUAUCCUGGUUACCAUCCAAACUCCUUGAGCAAGCUAUGGAUAAGAUCACGUAUUGGGCAGCUGUUAGCUGUCGCCAAGAAAAAAAAGCUGAAAUUGAAGGACAGGAGAAGAGUAAUUCCACCUAG